AUGGUACAGCUCUUCUCACUGGCAGGCUUUAUCAUUACGUUUCGCGAGAUCCUCGAGGCCUGCAUCGUGGUCUCGAUCUGUCUGGCAUACCUGCGGCGUACCAAGAAUGAGCGCUACCUCAGAGACGUCUGGCUGGGCGUUGCAGCCGGCGUCGGUGUGCUCAUCGUCAUUGGAAUCGCAUUCGGCAUCGUUUUCUGGACGCGCGGCCAGAAGCUGUAUACGGGUCUCACUGAGCUGCUCUUCGAGGCCAUUGUCCGACUGGUGGCGGUAGUGCUCAUCACGUGGAUGAUCUUCUGGAUGCUCAGCACGGCCGCGCACAUGCGCCGCGACCUCGAGGGCGGGAUAGCGCGGGCUCUGUCGAGGCGCGGCCGAUGGGGCGUUGCGCUGCUCGUCUUCACGUCCGUGCUGCGUGAGGGCGUCGAGCUCAUCGUAUUCCUGUUCGGAAUCACGGGCGGUGUCUCGUGGAGCUCGAUUCCCAUCGCCGCAGCCGUCGGCGUGGCCGUUGCGCUGGUCGUUGCCUGGGCAAUCUACCGCGGGGCGCUCGCCUUCGAUCUGCGCCUCUUCUUCGCGCUCUCGUCGCUGCUGCUGAUCGCAUUCGCUGCGGGCUUCCUGUCGACGGCCUUCCUGGACCUCCAGAAAGCGAACCUGUUCGGGUCAUUCACGCGCAACGGCAACGAGGACGAGUCGAUUCCAUCCACGCAGCGGCCGUGGUGGAAUGCCGCGCUCUGGUCCACCGAGGCCUGCUGCGCGGACGACGGGAACGAGUUCUUCAACCUGCUGCACGAGCUCUUCGGAUACGUGGAUGCGCCGACCUUCGUCUCCACUGUCGUCUACUUCGGUUACUGGACCUUGGCUGGCGUGCUCUGGAUCAUCGUUGAGCGACGCACCCUGGAGCGCAAACUCUGCCAAAUGCACACCGGGUACCUCGUAUCGACUGCGUUCCUGGCGGUAGCUGCCGUGGUGGGGCUCGUCGUCGCCGCUCGCAGCCCGACAUGGAACGGCAUCCUGGUGACGUGCCUGACUCUGGUGCUGGCGAUCAUCGGUGUAGGUGCCGCCAGCGCAUCCCAUGCAGCGCUACCGCCGCGUGCGCGUUUCGCCCUCCAGGGCUCCUGCUGGAUAGGCCUCGUGCUGGUAGCGUGCCUGGCGCUGGCGCUGCAGGUUGCACAGGCGAUCUGCUCGCCGCAGAUUGGCGCGUCGCAGUACUGCUCUAUCCCCGAUUUCUACUAUUGGUUCGUCAUCUUCUCCCCGGACUGGAUCGCAAAGACACGGGACGAUAACAGCUUCCACGCGCUCGCGGUGCUUACCGUGUCGAUAUGCUUCACGAUGCUGUUCUGCCUCGGACAGGGCCUGGUCGGCUUCUACGAGUGGAAGCGUUCGGCGCUGGCGAUGCAGCGUGCUGGACAAGCGCCAGCGGCAUUCGCCAAACAGGCGAAUACAUCGUCGGAUCUGGAAGGCGGGAAAUCCACGCCGCUCGAUGACUCCUCGAUCGAUGAGCUUACCUGGGAAGCGCUCGAUUCGACGCAGCCUCCGCAGCACGCGUCGCAGAUCGAGAUCUCGGCGAGACGGAUGCUGGCGGAUUGA